AUGGGUUUCGACUUCGACAACAUAUCGGUACCUCAGGUACGCCCGACAAAACUUGCACACAUCGUAUUGAGAACAGGCGACAAGACUGCAAUGGGGAGCUUUUACCAAGAAUUCCUGGGUGGUAAGAUGGUUCAUGAAAAUGACGUGCUUGCCUUCAUUACAUAUGACGACGAGCACCACCGGAUUGCCCUUGCUCAGGUGCCCAACUUGAAGCCAAAAGAUCGAGGAACAUGCGGGCUAGAGCAUAUUGCCUUCACGUUUGACUCUUUGGAGGACUUAUUUCUUGCAUAUCGGCAGAGGAAGGCGAAGGGAAUGGUUCCUUUCUGGUGCGUUAAUCACGGCUUGACAAUAAGCCUCUAUUACGCGGAUCCUGAUGGAAAUAUCCUUGAAACUCAAGUGGAUGUCUUCACUGAUAACGACGAGGCCGACAAGUACAUGCGAUCACCUGCUUUUGCUCACAAUCCCAUUGGCGUCGAUAUUGACCCGGAGGAAUUUAUUGGCCGUAUUGUGGCGGGCGACUCGAGGGAAACGUUAUUGUACCGGCCCGAUAUUGGUCCAAGGGGUGUUGAAUCAGUCCCGCGUCUUUAG